UUGACCGAGGGCACGCUAGUGACAUAAGUAACCGCUUGCUGAACACUUUGUUACAACCUAACUGGCUCGGGACCAAGCACUAUUGGGUUUCAUCAAGAACUUGAAUCCCUCGGUAACACCGACGAAUACAAAAUCAGCAGUUGAAUAACGUACCAUCAAAAUGGCUUGUAAAGUUUACUUAAAAAUCUUGAAUACUGCUGCAUUUAUCUUGUUUGUUGUAGGCGUUAGCGGUCUUUGUCCCAGGGACUGGUUUGAGCACGGGACGUCGUGUUACAUGACUGAUAGCGUGAUACGAAACUGGGAUGAUGGAGCCGCGUACUGCGACCGACUCGGCGGGGAGCUCUUGGUGAUAGAGACAUGGGAGGAGAAUAAAUUCAUCCAAGGGAUAGUGAAGAAUCAAAACAAGAGAUUCACUUGGCUGGGAUGCAGUGAUAGAGACAGCGAGGGCCAGUGGCUGUGCUACAAAGAUUCUGCCAGCAGUCUGCCGUUCGAAAACUGGUCAACUAAGGAGCCGAACAACCGUGGAGGUGACGAUGACUGUAUGAGUUUUUACAUGGAAAAUGGCAAAUGGUCUGACUCCAAGUGCUAUUCAGAUAAAGUUUACACUGUAUGCGAAACCACUAGCACCCAAGGGAAGGGUGAAGGCGUCAUCAUCCCCUCAUCAUCGGCUGCUCCUGUGUCUUGCUACACUUUUGGCUCAGAUGGCCGUCUGCAAGUGUAAACUUCCCCUCAGAGAUUAUAAUGAAUGGGAAUAUGCUUGGCUAGUCAUGCUGGAUUUAGCUUUGGCGACAUAACUUUAAACUCAAUGACUCGGUGACUGUGUCAGUCAGCAAGUCAGUGAUUCAGGCCGAGGGCAGUACAGGCUGGUCCUGCGUAUGCAUCACUACAUCUCUGGACAUAAUUUAACAUCCAAGCACAAACUGUACCCGAAGGGGUAUCUCUAUAGCGAGAUGGAGUCCAAGGUUCAUCAAUGGAGCAUUUCUUUCUUUGUUCUUUCUAAACACAGAAUUUGGAUUUUGUGAUUGACUGUGCAAAACUGUGCCCGCCUGAUUAACGAUUUGCAAACAUUGGCGAUUAUUAUUUUCGUCAUUGUAUGCGAGAAUUGAAUUCUUUAUAGCCAAUAGUUUGUUUAAUUCGAGCACUUUAAAAUAUUCCUAUUGUUCACCAAGGACCUGUGAUUGUUUUACAUUGUCCUACAGUUUUUGUUUGUCUUGAACAUCACGUGAUCUCUAACCGGAAGUAAGAGAUUAUUGCGCCCUAUCUAAAGGCGGUUGUGAACUCCUCCAUUCCCUUCGCACUCUUAUUGGAUACAUUUUGUAGACUGCCAGUUACCCCUGGUCUUCACUUCCGCUUUCACAAGACCCGUGAGGAAGAAACGUACGUAUAUUGUUUAUGGACAAUGAACG